GAGGGAGUAAUAUCUACCCAUCCCCUGUUUUUGCACCCAGACCUACUAACCAGCAAGGCCUGCAUGCCUGCUCUGCGGUGAGGUGCAAACCCAGGCUCACACAAAGUGAGCCACACAUAACAAGCAUUCACCUAACAGGUACCAAGCCACCUUUGCAUUGCAUUGCAUUGCUUGAUUCUACUGCAUUUGCAUCCCAUCCCAACCCCAACCUUGUUGCUGCCUGCCACCACCCCACCCCGCGCACUCUUCUCUCCACCCCACAUAUACACACGAUCUUGCACCCUCCACACCUCAAAACAAUCAGCCCUGCGUCAACAAAAGCCAUGAGGGGUUCUACACUCGCCGUCCUACUACUUCUGGCGCUGCUGCUCGCCGCCGGGGAGCUGCAUUGCGCCGCAACAGCAGCAACAACACCACCACCAGCAGCAAAGGCAUCCACGCCACCGCCACAACACCCAGCAGCAGCGCCACCACAGCACGCACCACCAUCGCCGCCGCGACGGCACCGACCAUCACACGGACGACCCCCGGUUCCCCGCAAGCAGGACCCUCCAUCGUCACCACCGCCACCGCCACCUCCAAAUCCAUCACCACCGCCGCCGCCGCAGCAGCAGCAAGACCCUCCAUCACCGCCGCCACAGGUCGUGCCGCCAAUCCAGGACCCCGACGUGGCAGCACCAACGCAGCCACCGAGGGCUGGCAACCGCUCCGCAGUCUGCACCACGCUCCUCGUGUUCGGGGACUCGACGGUGGACCCUGGCAACAAUAACCGCCUGCGGACCACGGCCAAGGCCAACUUCCCGCCCUACGGCGUCAACUUCUAUGGCCGCAGGCCCACCGGCCGCUUCUCCAACGGCCGGCUGGCCACCGAUAUGCUGGCGGACAAGCUCGGUAUACAGAGGAUCAUCCCGGGCUUCCUUGACCCGACGCUCAAGCUGGGGCAGCUCCGCAAGGGGGUGAGCUUCGCGUCGGCCGGCUCUGGAUACGACGACAUCACUGCCAGCACAUUAAGCGCGUUGCCAUUCCGGAGACAACUAUGGCACUUCUGGCGCUACAAGCUACUGAUCCGAGCGCUGAUCGGACCGAGAAGAGCAGAGCGGAUUGUCAACAGGGCUACCUUCAUCAUAAGCGCUGGUACAAAUGACAUGCUCCUAAACUACAUCGCAUCGAACCGAUCAGCUGGCCCCAUCGCCAUGCUGCGGUACGAGAACCACCUGAUAGCACGCCUCGGCAACUAUACCCAGGUGAUGAGGAUGCUUGGAGCGAGAAGGUUCGUGUUCGUCGGGCUACCCCCGAUCGGCUGCCUGCCGAUCGCAAGAACAUUGCUUGGAAGGGAUCCAGAUGGAUGCGACAGCGAUCUAAACCAGCUGGCGGCCUCCUUCAACUCGAGGCUGAUUCAGCUGUCGAAUUUUGUCAACUACCAGCCCCGAUUGAGAAGUGCCUACAUAGAUACCUACACAAUCAUACGGGCCGCAACUGACAACCCUCAGAAUUAUGGGCUGACGGAAGUGUCGAGAGGGUGCUGCGGGUCAGGGAUGAUCGAGGUCGGUCAGACAUGCAGAGGGCGAAGGACAUGCCCGGACCCUAGCAAGUACUUGUACUGGGAUGCAGUCCAUCCGACAGAGACAACGAACCAGCUUAUCACAAGCCUGAUGCUGGACUCGAUUACCGGAAUCUACAGCUAGACUCUCAAAACUUCAGAGCGAGACAUUUCUAUUCUCUUUCUUUUACUCCAGUGUCAUGUGCUAUACUCAACUGCAACUGAUAGUGUCAUGUGCUACUGCAGUUUAGUUGAGUUGUAAGACUAGAACAUGUUACUGUAACCUUUGCAACUGAAGAAAAAGACACAAUAACUA